AUGGUGGACUCCCUGAUCCGCCAAGUGGCUGAGCAUUUGGGGCGUUCUGGCCCGUGGCAUCAACGGUUCAUUGGCCUGCAGGAGGUCUUCACGAAAACGAACCUGGAGCUACAAGGGAUCCACGACGUCCGCUGGCUCUCCCGCGGUGACGCCAUUCUGCGCGCGGUAGAGGUCUUCCCCGCGCUGAUCGUGAUGCUGUAUGAGUGGGACAGCACCCUGUACGAGCUCGGCACGAGCUACAUGUUUCACUUUCUGCUAUAUUUCCUAGCAGACGUGCUCGAGCAGCUCAAUGUGCUGAACAGGGCAUUCCAGCAGCGUGAGCUGGACAUUGCUAGUGUUCACGGGCAGAUCCGCCGGUCCAUCUCAUUCCUCGAGUCCCGCUACGUCGACUGCGGUGACGACUUUGGAGGCGGGAAUAGCGCGCGCCUCUCGCCGUUCAUCAAGAAGCACGGACCUGAGUGGGGCAAUCCCGAGGUGAAGGUGCAGGGAGUCGACUCGGACGGGCGGCCCACUACACACACCUUUGAGCUGCACGAGAAACCGAGCGACGAGUACCCGACUCUCGGCUCUCACGACGCCUGUGUCGAUCUCUGCACCACCUUCGCAGAGACGCUUGUGCAAAACCUCAGCACACGGUUCAAGGACCUGGACUCCCUGGUGGGGGUGCGGCUGUUAAUGCCUGACGAGUGGGAGCCGGGGAGAGCGGAGCGCCACAAGCAGUGUCUCGAGUGGCUCGAGUCUCUCGUGAGGCUGUUCAGGGCACAGGACACGGACUACAUCAUUCCAGGUAUUCCCGCUCUCGCACUGUUGCUGUCUAUCUGGUGCAGCUACAAGAAGCGCCGCCCAUUCGGCAAUGUGGCGGCACCACCAGCAAGAGAGGGGGAGGGCAGUGGUAGCAAGGGAAAGGAGGCCAUAGAGGAGGAGGAGAUGGAAGGACGACAGGUCAAGGGAAGAGAUGAUGAUGAUGACAAGCAAGCAUCAUCUGAUGAUGAUUACUGA